ACGAAUACUUUUAAAUUGGUUGAUAUUUUUAAAUAUUUGUAAUAGUCAUGUUAUACAAUUGAAGAUAAACAUUACAUUUUGUUAUUAAAAUGGACAUUAUUAAUUGAAAUAUUUCACUUCUGUUUCUUCCUUAAGUAAAGCAUGCAUGUUCGGCAUUGAAUUAUAUACGUGUUUAUUAUUACAAAAGUGUCUUCAGUAUUCGGUUUAACAACACACUGGCAUAGUUAUAUUAAGCAUAACAGCAAUCAGCCGUGAGCGAUUUAAAUCAGGUGAAGCGAUAUACAGUCGAAAUCCAUCGGCUCGAAUUCACUGUUGGCUCGAACUCGCUUGGCUCGAACUCCUCGUUGGCUCGAACUAGAUGUAAAGAACUGAUUUAUUUAUACUGAAGAAGAGGCAGCAACCUGCAAAAGAAAUUUGGAUGUCCUUAAAACUAUAGUGGGCGUGUUUAAAGUCUAUGUUUAGUCCAUUGCGGUGCGUUAAAGGCGGUAAUUCAUCCUGACUGUAAGUGGAUAUACUUGUGAUUACUUGUAAUCGUUCAUUAUCACUAAUUGAACUUCAGUUACUAAUCGGAUAUAUUAAGAGCGAGAAGUCUUAAAAAACUAUGGCUUCCUACGACGCCUACGGUGAUUACCAUGGAAACUAUACCGAUCAUUCGUACACAAACGGGGCGAAUAACACCGACCAAGAAACACACACACAUUCACAGUACGACGACUACCACUACAGCUACGAUGAUUACAACCUGUACUCAUUCGACGACUACGACAUGUUAUAUGACGAUCAUAUAUACGAAAUAUUCGACUUUGAAAUCGUCAUUUAUGGAUAUCUGUGGCCAAUUCUUGUGAUUUUCACCGCGUGCUGUAACUUGCUAGUGAUUGGUGGAUUUUUGAGGAAGCGCAUGCGCAAUCCGACGAACCUCAUUUUGGUGUUCAUAGCGAUUUCUGAUUCGUUGACAGGAAUAGUAACACUACCAGCGACAUUUUACGUGUUUUCCGGGAAACAUAUUUUUCUAAGCAAAGACUGGUGUAACGUGACAAUGGUCACUAGAUUGUAUAUAUCUAGAGCCUUUCACACGAUUUCCAUUUGGCAAACUGUGUUGCUAGCAGUUCACAGAUUUCUCCAAAUACGCCACCCUAAUCUUGCGUCACGGUUAUGCACGACCAAGAAAACGCUUGCUGCAGUUGGAAUUAUGUACCUGGUCUCAUUUCUCCUACAUAUGUUCCAUGCUUUUGACAUCAAGACCAACGGUGGGUUUUGCCAAUGGGAGUUAAGAAAGCCUUGUGGGUGGGCAUGCGUUUAUAUUUGGGCAAGCCUCAUUCUGAAUCACGUGCUGCCGUGUGUCAUUCUCGUCGUUCUUGCCUACAAAAUGUGGAAGUCCUUACGUAAACUCAACGUCAACGUCUCAAACAAAACCGUGCGCGAAAAGAAAGAACGGGCAAGAAAGAUAACUCUGGUGGUAGUCCUGAUUUUAGUUAUCUUCCUUGUGCCUGAGCUUCCAUAUGGGAUCUACUUCCUUAUUACGAUGAUAUUAAAAUUAGUCAAGGGCAAGAUCUUGCCGUUAAAAACCAACCGUGCAGUUCACACUGCCUAUGAAGUUCUUCUGGUCUUGAGUUUUCACCUUAACUUUUGGGUGUAUUGUGCGAUGUACAGGAGCUUUCGAAAAAGCUUGAAAACCAUUUGCAGAAAACUGCAAUGCCAACCCGAACCACCGUUUCACUCAGAAGAGAAUAUGACGUCAUCAAUAAACAAGGAUUAUGAAUUAGUCGGCAUGACGUCAGACACUCAGCAAGAAAACAUAUGAGCUAACACUCUGCUAUUUAUUGUGUAAUACCCAAACAACAUUUUAUCAGAAGUUAUUAUUGUGUUAUGUAUAUCAAGCUGUAUCUUUAGAUACUGGUGGCGGAAUAAAGAAAAUGUGCAUGAACAGAAACUCAAGUUUGAAAAUCAUCAUUUAUUGUAUGCUUUCCGAUUGAGAUUUAUCAGAGAAAUAAAAAUGACAAUUCACUGUUUCAAUCAGUGAAAAUAACAAUUUAAUAUUUUAGCUGCGUAACAAUAUCAACGGCGUCAUAUUCGAAAUGACGUUACAUUCACAAAUUGGCGCACUUUUCUAAAAAACUACAUUUAAAAGUCAUUUAAUAUCGCUUGAGGCAUAUAAUAAAUAAAAACGUUUGUUUUUAGUGUAAGAUCGCAAUAUAUUUCACCUCGUGAACACCAAAUAGUCAUGUAUAGUUUUCGGUGCUCACUCGGUGAAAUAUAUUACGAUCUUACACAGAAACAAAAAAAAACAGAGGAAGUACCUCUCUGUUAUACAGUUACAUUUUCUUCCCAUAUAUUAAUUAAGAUAAACAUCAUACCAUCAUCGAAAGACUUGACAUUAUAUUCUAAGAAUAAAUAGAUCUCCCUGUAUAUAAUUCACAGUUUCAAAUUUCCGCUAGUACUUGGUGUUAAUUAGUCAAUUGUAUUUACGAUGUGCAUGCGUUUAAGGAGAAGGACUCUUGUUCAACAUGUUUGGACUGCUUAUAAAUAAUUAAAUAUAUGUAUGUACCAUUUUGGAAUGGAAUUCAAACGAUAAGUCAAGUUACAAGUUAGACAUGGCCCACAAGACUAGACGAUAUCCAUUAAGAAGGAAGUAUUCAUUGAAACAACUAAUUUAUAUUUGGGUUAUUAAAACACACGUGAUACACCAGAUUGCUACAGCUUGGAAUUAGCUUGAGGAAGAUACAUGCGGAAGUUAAUUUAAGCGUUAACUUUAUUGCUUUUGUAGCUCUUGUUGGCAUGUGGUGCAUGGUAAUUACAUGAUAUACAUGUAGCUUUGUUAAAGCUGCAUUCUCACAGAUUGAACGAUUUGACAACUUUUUUUAUCUCUUUUGUCUUGGAACGAGCCACUUUAUGUAAAAAUGCAUGGAAACCAGUGAUGUAAGACUGCUGACAAUGUCAGAUCGCAGAUAUUCAUAUUCAAUAUGUAUGCGAAAAGCUACAGAAACACGCUUAGUAGCGAAAAGUUUAAACAUAAACCCGGUGUAAUGGCACUGGGGACACGCCAAAGACAUAUGACAUAAAAUCACAAACAAGAAACAUGAAAGAACAGCACAAAACUCCACUAGCAUAGUUAAGUUAUUUUUUUUUAUGUUUUAUGCACUUUUACUAAACCUUUGGUAACGCGUUUGUCCAUAAAACAUUAAUUUUCGAACGUAAGUAUGAAAAUCUACGAUCUGAUCUUUUGUCAGCAGGCUUAUAUCUCUGGUUUACUGAUAUUAACGUAAAUAAUUGGUUCAUUUCAAGAUAAAAAAUAUAUAUAAAAAGUUGUCAAAACGGUAAAUCUGUGAGAGUGCAGGUUUUAGUUUUCAAAAUCGGUAACUCCUAUUUUUAUUAUUUAUUAUUAUUAUUAUUAUUGUUAUUAUUAUUGUUAUUAGUAGUAGUAUUUUUAGUGUUAUUAUUAUUAUUAUUAUUAUUAUUAUUUAUAAGACGAUGUAAAGACUUUGAUUUAAUGUUUUCUUUUGUGUUUCUUCACUGUAUUUUUGUCUGUUUGUUUUAUUUUAUUUUGUGCCAUUCAACCCCUUUCGCUUCUCCUUGUAGUUUCAAUUGAACUGUAUUCAAGCUGCACUCUCAGUGAUUUACCAUUUUUACAACUUUUUAUUUUGUCUUGAAAAGAGCAUCUUUUUUGCGUAAAUAUCUGCAAACCAAUGAUAUAGGAUUGCUUACAAAAAAUCAGAUCGUAGAUUUAUAUAUUUCCGUUCGAAAAUUAAUGAUUUAUGACUAACGGUUUAAGAAAAAUGCACAAACCAUCAAUUUUUGAACUUAAAUAUAAAAAUCUGCAAUCUAAUUUAUUGUCAGCAGUCUUAUAUAACUGGUUUCCAUGGAUUUUCGCAAAAAUUGGCUCGAUCCCAGACAAUUUUUUGGCCAAAACGUUCAAUCCGUGAGAGUGCAGCUAUGAAAUAUAAAAGUUUAACGUUUUUACCCAAAUAGAAUAGCUCUAAGUAAAAGCGGAACCCUAACUAGCCCUUCAUAUUUCUGUAGAACGGUUAGUAUAUAUACUCUCAUGUUUAGUGAAUGUAAUUAUUUGUAGACACAUGCGAAUGGAGUUUUAAUCCAAUUUCUGUAUCAUUGUACGCUGCCGGCCAGGUAUUGCAUGGUUAUACGAUAUUUAUGCUUUUUUAUGAGGGGUGUGUGUAAUUCUAGAUAUUGUAUCUGGGAACGUACGUUAUAGGUAAACGCGCGUACUUUUUCCGAUUUUUUUCCUAAAAUUGAACUGAUCGAAUAAUUCGUUAUACAAAUUGUUAAGUCAUCCAUCAAGUGCAAUAUGAAUACAAACAGGCGAACAAUAAAAUAUACUAAAUUUUCGUGAAACACGUUCUUUCACUUAGGAUUGAUUAAUAUUUGAAAAGUGCGGGAUUCACAUUGACCAAGACAAAACGGUCGAAUUGAGUUAUAUUGCUAUGUAACGUUUUGGUGUCGGAAAAGUGUCAAGAAAAGGCCCAGAUUAUUCGACAUUUGUCUUAUAGCCACAAGGACUUGACCAUGUGCAAUUGAAAUACAGUAUAGAGGAAAGUUAACGGACAAAAGUCACCCGGGAUAAAUCCCCCAUCUAUUUAAAUCUAUGUUUGAAUAUUCAUCUAAGUGGACAAAAAGCUGCCCCCCUCCCCGGAAAACACAUUUUUAUGAUAUACUUUUUUUCCUACCUUUUCUGUUGCUACUUUACCAUAUAAUUAUUGUUUCAGUUGUAUUACAAAAUAUGUUAUUACAUUUUACAACCUUUUUUCUCACAAGUAAACCAAAACUUUUUUCAUGGGGAAAUUUUGUCCGUCUAUUCAAAAUUUUGUUCGAGGAUUUUGUCCGGUGUGGGUUUUGUCCUACACUGACAGUUACAAUAAUGCGUGUGUAAGGUUGUUUGCUACGUCAACCAUGUAUCAUAAUUUAUGUGUUAGCGUUUUAGUCUGGUAUUAGAGACUAUUGGAAAAGAUGACCUAUUUAUUCGUAGCAAAUAG